CUUAUUAUGAGGGCACUGAGACUCCUUUAGGGUUUUUACAAACCUAGCAGCCACUGUCGCGUUUUAUCGUUUGUUCCGAUUUGCAGACAAGGAUGAAGGUUACCGCUGCUUUUCUCCUCGCGAAACUCGGUGGAAACGAGAGCCCAACCAAAGAUGAUUUGAAGAGCAUCUUCGAGUCCGUUGGUGCUGAGUUCGACGAGGUGAAGACAGAUCUCUUCUUUUCUCUGGUGAAGGAUCACGACUUGACGGAGCUGAUCGCGGCUGGGAGGGAGAAGAUGGCGGCACUCUCAUCCGGUGGGCCAGCUGUUGCUAUGGUGGCUGGAGCUGGAGGAAACGCUCCUUCCGCGGCUGAGCCGGUGGCUGAAUCCAAGAAGGUUGAGGAAGAGAAAGAGGAAUCUGACGAUGGUGAAGGCAUGAUGAGUCUCUUUGAUUGAUUCAGUUUAUCUUAUCUGAUUAAGUACUAUGGUCUCGUAUGGUUUAAUAGUUUUAAUUUCUUUUAAGACCUUUAAAUAUACUGUGCAUGGAUCUUUCUUAUGCUCCUUAGUCAUGCUUAUGCUUUGAGUAUGAAAUUAGUUCUGAAUGCUAUUAAUUGUGACUUUGAUAAAUCAUGUAAAAGUUGUUUAUGGUCGCAAAUCAUACAUUUGAGUA